UUGCACUUUGGUGUAUUGGUAUCAUUCACUGUCAUGGCUCCCUGACCUACUGGACGUUUCGCCCUGCUACGGUAUCAAAUCUUUGAAGAAAUACGACAUUUCUUCCCUUAUUUGAGCAUAAAUAGCGGUUUUAACGACUCAUUUUUGGGCUUACUAAAGUCGUCAUGGCGGGGAGCAGCACUGCUCAGAAAACAUGGGAGCUAACUAACAGCAUGCAGGAAGUUCAGAGCAUAGAUGAAAUUUACAAAUAUGACAAAAAGCAACAACAAGAAAUCCUUGCUGCGAAGCCAUGGACAAAGGAUCACCAUUACUUCAAGUAUUGCAAGAUCUCAGCUUUGGCCUUGUUGAAGAUGGUGAUGCACGCCAGGUCUGGAGGAAACCUGGAAGUGAUGGGCCUCAUGCUGGGAAAGGUCGAUGGUGAAACCAUGAUCAUUAUGGACAGCUUUGCCUUACCUGUGGAGGGCACAGAAACCCGAGUCAACGCACAAGCUGCAGCAUAUGAAUACAUGGCUGCCUACAUUGAAAAUGCCAAACAGGUUGGCCGACUGGAGAAUGCUAUUGGCUGGUACCACAGUCAUCCUGGCUAUGGAUGCUGGCUCUCAGGCAUAGAUGUCAGCACUCAGAUGCUCAACCAGCAGUUUCAGGAGCCUUUUGUGGCUGUUGUGAUCGACCCCACUCGGACUAUUUCUGCUGGGAAAGUCAACCUUGGUGCCUUUAGAACCUACCCAAAGGGUUACAAACCUCCUGAUGAAGGACCCUCAGAAUAUCAGACAAUCCCUCUGAACAAGAUUGAAGACUUUGGUGUACACUGUAAACAGUAUUAUGCCUUGGAGGUAACAUAUUUUAAGUCCUCCCUUGAUAGAAAGCUCCUGGAACUCCUUUGGAAUAAAUAUUGGGUUAAUACCUUAAGCUCCUCAAGUCUCCUUACGAAUUCGGACUACACCACAGGCCAGGUGUUUGACCUGUCGGAGAAGCUGGAGCAGUCAGAAGCACAGCUGGGCAGAGGCAGCUUCAUGCUCGGGUUGGACACACAUGACAGGAAGUCUGAGGACAAACUGGCCAAAGCAACUCGAGAUAGCUGCAAGACAACCAUAGAGGCAAUUCAUGGCCUGAUGUCUCAGGUCAUUAAGGACAAACUCUUCAAUCAAAUCAACACAUCUGCCAAUUAAACCUGAACUAUGAGCUGAUUUGGAACUCACCUGGAAAUGUUGUCUUGUGCAUGUCUAGCACUUAUAGGUUUAUGGUUUAACUGCAAAGAGUAGCAUUAUCUUUGAGUUCUCUUGGGAGUACUUUUUUAUAAAGUUUCUUCUUUUGUCCUUGAAUUAGCUAAGGAAUAUACCCAGGAACCAUGCUGCAAAAAAAUAAAACAUGAAAAGUAA